CGUGCUUAACUUUCUGUUUUUCUUACUUUCCUUGCCGUGUCAGUGUUUGGGGGCUUUGCUUCUGUUUUGUUCCUCUUCUAUUGUAUCGUCAUCUCCACGGCCUCGGGUGGUUUGGUUUACAAUCAUGAAGCGCAUCCUGACCUCCUUUAGCAAGCGGUCCGGUUCAGCACCGGAAGGUCCAUCAUCAUACGCUGAGGAUUCUCCCGAGGGUAUUAUCCUGAGAGAAGUGACUGCCUUUUGCGAGGCAGUUCCGAGCAAUACCCAAGGAAACGAGUUCGUCCAUCUGCCCGCUAUUGUCGAAAGUGCGGAGUCUAGCCCCAAUGCCGCCAGGGAAGCUGCGCAUCGCAUUCGCAAGUUGUUGUCUGACCCAGCGUCAACGCCGGCCAACGUACAGUAUAAUGCGAUCAUGCUGAUCCGCAUACUCGUCGAUAACCCUGGCCAUACUUUCACACGGAACAUUGAUGCCAAAUUCGUUGCUACUGUGAAAGACCUCCUGCGCCAGACGAGGGAUUCGAAUGUGCAAGGCUUCCUUCGGCAGACUCUGGAUGCUUUAGAGAUGCAGCGUGGAUGGGACGAGGAUCUUGCGCCACUUCUGCAGAUGUGGACAAGGGAGAAGACCAAGCUCAAGAGGACUAAUAGUGGAAGUACUUGGAGGUCCCAGGUUUCAUCCCAGACCUCACCGCAACCACAACAACCUCGUCCGGAUUAUUUUGGCCCGCGCCAGGCCGGAGCCUUGCCACCCCCGGAUGAACUCGCGGCUCGUAUCACUGAAGCCAAGACAUCGGCAAAACUGCUCGUGCAGUUCGUUCAGUCGACGCCCCCCGCAGAGAUGGCGGAGAACGAGCUCAUUAAAGAGUUCUCUGGCCGAUGUCGGUCGGCAUCACAAACUAUCCAACACUACAUUCACUCGACGAACCCUUCACCGGACGAGGAUACUCUCCUCACCUUGAUUGAAGCAAAUGAUGAGCUUUCCACAUCGCUAUCUAGGCACCAACGUGCUCUUCUUAACGCGCGUCGAGCUUUAGGACAAUCGGAUAGCCAGUCACCCUCGUCGUCCGAUACCACGCCAUCGAGGGCUUCUAGUGCUAUCCCCCCACCGGUGCCUCCGCGGGAUACGCACAACCCCUCUAUACCACCAGCAACGCCCCUGGCGACAUCAAGCCCCAGCAGCAUUUCGCCCCCGACUAACAAUGGUAUGAGCCGGUCGGAGUACCGAUCGGAGGAUUUUCAGGUGCAGAACCCGUUCGCCGAUAACUUCAGCACUACUGCUACCGGCCCAUCAGACGGACGGAUGGAAGGGACAGCGAACGACUCGUGGUAUGAUCCGUAUCAGCGACCUAUACAGCGCGCGUGACGCUUAGUGGAGUGUUGAGCAUUUCUCCUUUUAUAUUAUGUUUCUUGUUUGCCAGCCCCCUUUAUGCGUCUGUACCGCACGAUUAAACGCCUUUCCUAAUGCUUUAAUGUAGUUA